UUAUUAUUAUUAUUAUUUUUAAAUUUUUUUUAAUUUGCUGUUUCUUCGGCAAUGGAUGGGAAAAUCCGGCAGAGCCGGAGGUCGAGGUCGCAGCGGGACCGCGUGCGGCGGCGGGAGGCGGCGGCCCGCGACCCGCGGAACCAGAGCCCUUCCUCGGGCUCCGAGAAGGAGCCGAGCCCCGGCAAGGAGAACGGCGGCCAGAACUGCACCGCCCCGCGGGGCCCGCCGCCCGCCGCCCGCGCCGCCCGGCCCCCGCGCCGCCGCCGCCGCGAGUCCAGCUCCCAGGAAGAGGACCUGAUCGAUGGCUUCGCCAUAGCCAGCUUCAACACCCUGGAAGCCCUGGAGAAGGACAUGUCGCUAAAGCCUCAGGAGCGGAAGGAGAAAUGGGAGAGGCAUCCAGGAAAGAAACCUAGAGAAUCUGAAAACUGUGUGUCUGCUGAGCCGAGUGAAAAUGGCCAUAACAAUGAUGCUGGGAGCUCUGAGAGAGAGGCAGAAAGAGGCAAAGAACGGAUGAAGAAGAAACUCCCCUUGAAGCUAUCCAAACAGAUGAAGGUCCCUACAAGCAGAAGUGGCAGAAAUAGCGAGGAAGACAGCAUCAGGGAGGCCACAAGCUCUCAGCGGAGCAGCUCAAGGGACCGUCUCAGUGAUAGUUCUGCUCAAUCGCUUUCAGGAAGAGGCUACUCCUGUGACAGCGAGAGUGAUAUUGACGAUAAGACCGCAACGGAACUGGAGCUGACUCGUAUCAGGAGUGCCUUGAUAACAAGCAAGGCUUCUGUAGGCUCUGAGAAGCUGUUCUCCCCUGCAGCAAACAAAGGUCCCACCUUGAAUGACAAGCCAGAAGCGAAAGCAGCCAAUGUCCCAAAGGUGUCUGGGCUAGAGCGGAGCCGGGAACUGAGCACCGACGUGCCCUUCGCCCUGCCUAUCCCCAGCCCCCAGCCAGUAGCUGCCGUUGUGACUUCGACUUCCUCAGCGCCCACGUCAAGCGCCAGAGCAAGCCCACUGUUGAAGAAGGAGCCAGUGAUUUCAGCACCAGCACCACCAAGGCUCACGCCUCAGCCGCAGCCUCGGCCACAGUCACAACCUCAACCUCGGCCGCAGUCACAGCCUCAGUUAAUACCUGAGCUUCGGACCCAGCCUCCGAGUCACAUCCCUCCACCUCUCAAUUACCAAGUGCAUCACCAGGUGGCCCACAACGGACUCAAUAAUAUCAGCCGGAGCAGCAGUGCUAGCAGUGCAACAAGCAUCAGCCUCCCGAAACACCUUCCCCUCUCUCCUCAGAUUCCUCCGCACCAUUCCUCCGGCCCAGCUCUGCCCCUCUCCAUCUCUAAUCUUGCUACCUCGCACUUCUCUCUCAGAUCGCAGACCCAACACCAGCACCAUCCGGCCAUGUUCGCCACCCCACCCACGCUGCCACCUCCACCAGCGUUACCUACCAACAGCCUCGUGAUACCAGGUCACCCUGCGGAUCACGAACUGCUCAGGCAAGAGCUGAACAACCGGUUUUUGGUUCAGAGUUCGGACCGGGCCGCUGCCUCACUUGGCCCGGUGCCGCUGCUGAGAGCGGAGUUUCACCAGCACCAACACACGCAUCAGCACCAACACACCCACCAGCACACAUUCACUCCUUUUCCAUCCAGCUUGCCCCAGACGCCGCUCAUGCCGCCCUCUGCACCUCCCAUGUUUGACAAGUACGCUCCCAAAUUAGACAACCCUUACUUUCGACAUUCCAACUUCUUUCCAACCUAUCCUCCAGCAAUGCCUGGAAUGCCACCCAUGCUUCCACAUUCAGGUCCCUUUGGGUCACUUCAGGGAGCAUUUCAACCGAAGACUUCAAACCCUAUUGAUGUAGCAGGUAGACCAGGCACAGUCCACCAUACACUGCUGCAGAAGACUCCAGGGGUGUCAGACCCUUAUAGGCCUCCAGUAAGAAAACCCGGGAAGUGGUGUGCGGUUCAUGUACAGAUCGCCUGGCAGAUCUACCAUCACCAGCAAAAGAUAAAGCAAAUGCAGCUGGAUCCCCACAAGCUAGAGAUAGGUGGUAAACUUGACCUGUUCAGCAGACCUCCCGCCCCUGGAGUGUUUCCAGGCUUCCAUUAUCCACAGGAUCUUGCCAGGCCUCUGUUUUCUACCACAGGUGCGACACAUCCAGCCACCACCCCUUUUGGUCCUUCACCUCACCACAGCAGUUUCCUGCCUACUAACCACUUGGCAGAUCCAUUUAGCAGGUCAAGCACCUUCAGCGGCCUUGGGAACUUAGGCAGCAAUGCCUUUGGAGGAUUAGGCAGUCAUGCUCUGACUCACAACAACAUUUUUACUCACAAAGAUGGCCCAAACCUGCAGAAUUUCAAUAAUCCCCACGAGCCAUGGAAUAGACUCCAUCGGACCCCACCGUCCUUCCCAACACCUCCACAGUGGCCCAAGCCCACCGAUUCUGAGCGAAGCUCCUCAGUGACAAACCAUGACAGAGAGCGGGAGCGAGAGCCCGAGAAGAGGGAUCUUUCUCUGAGUAAAGAUGACAGAGACAAAGAGAGAGACCUCAUGGAUAAAAACAGACAUUCAAACAGAUCCUCACCGGCAUCGGCUCCAGUGACACAUCAGAUAAGCAAUCUCAUCCGCAGCAACAGCCAAACCUCCAGUGAUCCCAUCAGGCAGGUUAGCCUCGGUGAAAGGGAACGGUCCAAAGAACCGGAGCGAGAGCACCCUGACCGGCUGAGAGAGCCACCCAUAGCAGAACACAAGAUUAAAGAGAGCCGUUCCCCGGUGAAGGAAACUCCAAGCCAUGAUAAGAGACCCUCUGAGGACAACACGAAGCCAGUAAUCCAGUCUGUAUCCCCAUACAGCAAACCUGCACUAAGUGAGAGCUUGAAGCUUACCAAUCUGAUGAGUAAGGACAUGGAGAGAAAGACAGAGCUUCCCAGUGACCUCCAGAAGAUUAAGAAUGACAUCAAAGUCAAAGAGGAGAGGAAGGAAGACAGUGAUGUGCUGGUGGUAGGGUCUGAGCCUUCACAGCACUCCCGAUCAGUGGAGCAUCCCCCACCACCUACUUUGCAUGGAUUAUCGUUGCCUCACUCGAUGGCUGCCUCUAUGCCCAUCUCCAUGGGAAGCGUGCACCAGAUGAACAACAUGAAUGUUCUGGACCGCAGCAGAAUGAUGACCCCGCUCAUAGGCAUGAAUCCUUUGUCAGGAAGAGAGAGGCUGCCACAUCCCGGAUUUUCUUGGGACCCAAUGAGGGACCCAUUGCGAGAUGCCUACCGGAGCUUAGACCUGCACCGUCGAAUGGACUUUCAGCUCCGGACAGAUCCUAUCCAUAGGUUCCCUACCACCUCUGGAUUUUACGACCAUGAGCGUUCUUAUAGAGACAGGGAGCCACACGACUAUAAUCAUGAAAACCUUCUUGAAGCCCGCCGAGAGCAGGAGCGGUUGCGGCAAGUGGAGGAAAGAGAGCGCUUGCACUUACGAGAGGAACUUGAGCGUGCCAGAAUGCACCACUUGCACUCGUCCCCCAUCGAAAGUCACCUGGCACACGUGCCAUCCUUCAUGCCUCAUUUAAGUGGGAUGCAUUACCCCAGACUGAGUCCAUCCACUGCCAUGCACAAUGGGAUUUUAAAUAGGAACCCACCAACUGCAGCGCUGAGCGCCCCACCGCCUCUUGUACCAGCGAGCAGCACCAGACCUGCCUCCCCACGCAGGACUACUCCACUCACAAACUCAGAGUCCAGGGACUACUCCCCCUCUAGGAACCCCAAAGAAGUAGAGGCACGAUAGUCCCCAACAUUGAAUUUUAAACUCGCCUGUAUAUAAAACAAACAAACAAACAAAAAAAAACAAACAGAAAAAAAAAACAAAAAACAAACCUUUUACAAAAUGCACUGCUGUAAACUUUUUUUUUUAAUGUAAAAUUUGUAGAAGUUAAGCACAUUUCCAUAAAUAACGGGGUCGGGGAUGCAGACUUUCCAACAAGAAGGUUGCUGAGAAUGGGAAUUUAAUAUAUAGGUAUUGAUUUUUGUUUUUGUUUUUUGUUUCUGUGCUAAAAAAAAAAAAAUGAGUUAAAAAUAUCAAGUUUGUACAUUUUUUCCCAAAUGUGAGAAACAUUUUUAAUGGAUUUGUAUUUUUUUUAAUUUUGUGCUCUUUAUUCACUUAAAAAAGAAGAAAUUUUGCUUUUGUUUUUAGUUAAAUUUGCAUUUUAAAGGCCUCAGAUCCUUAAGAAAAAAUACCCAGGGUUUCUUAAAAGUAUUAUUUAUGGAAAUACUGUAGUUUUACAGUCCACUGUGAGGUUCCCUUCUGAGGCCAAUUGAUCACUUACCUUGGUACUUUGGAACCGAAGUUACAGAUAUAUAUUAAAAUAUUAAUAAUAAUAAUAAUAAUGUACAAAACUGUUUGUUUUUUGCCUUAUUAUAUUAUGCAGAAAUUUAAGAGGAAUUUUUUUUGACUUCUUGUUUUAAACAAAAAAAAAACAAAGAAAACAAACUGUAAAUAUUCUGUUAAUAUAAAUGUACACCAAUAUUAAAUUCUUAACAUAGGUAGACUUUAUAAAAAUGGUUUCUAGAACCACUCUGGUUAUUUGUUAACAUGGUUACAACUCAUACUCUUGUCACAGUCAGAAAUUCACACUCAGAAAGCUAAGUACGGCAUAUAUACUUCAACUAUGCAAGAACUUGGAGGCAGGUCUUAGUGGAUGUUGGGGGGAGGAAGGUUUAAAAAAAAAAAAACAACCCAAAAACAACCAACUCGCAACUAUGGAGACAGAAUGGAAAUGGCAUGUGAACAGGAAGAAGGAUGCUUGUGUUUAACAAAAAAAAAAAAAGAGAGACUGAAUUUUUUUGUACAAACACAAGGGACAGUUCGUCAAGGAAAGAGAGAGACACACGCUCCUGGAAGGGAAUUUUGGUUUCCUACUUUUCAAGCUGGCAAAAGCAGAUGGAACUGGCACAGUACCAUGCGGCAGACCCUUUCCUUAUUUUUUUUUCCUUUUUUUUUCUCUUUUUUUGUGUUGUGGGCAGGAUCGCUGGCAAGCAAGGACAAUUUUCCGUGGACCCCUUGUGCUAAUUGUGCAGUGUUCUUAUUGGAAUCUGUAUACAAGACAAAGUAGAAUUUUAGGAGUGCAAAAAAAAGUCUAAUGGUUGAUUAAAAAAAAAGAAAUUCUGAUAUAUUAUCUAUAGUACAUGAAGACCAUAAGCAAAUGUUUGUUUCAGUGUGGUUCUGCCUUGAACUGCUUUUUGGCAUGAUUUAUUUUUUAUUUCCAAUUUUACUUUUCAUCCAUAUGUAAAUUUUGCCAUGUUUUACUUGCUGUACCAUCCCCCCUCCCUUAUUUUAUUUUUCAGUGUCCAUGUUUUAUAUAUCCUGGGCUUUUUCUCUCUAGUUAAUUCAGCCAUCCGCUACUAUUUUCUUGGCUCUGUAACUCUUGUUUCCCCCCCCUCCCCAUCCUCCCCCCUGCACCCCCUGUAAUUUUAAACAUUCAGUUUCCUUGUAGAUCAAUGAAGAUAAAUACAACAUUGAUUUUGGA